GCCCUCCAAUAACGCAAAAUCAAGAUGCAAAAAUUCCUCACGAAUUGUGGUGAGAACACCUCUCGCCAACGGCUGAAAACGCGGUCUACGACGGACCGGAUUUCAGGAUGGUUGCCGAAAUUAGUCGAUGCAGAUCCGCCAAGUGCUUCCGCAGGAGAAGAACGAGGAGAAGCACUAGGCCGACAACCCACACCUUCGAGCGGGUGGGAUCGCGAUCAUCGUGGAUCGAUCGUGAGUAUCGAGAGGCGUGCACAGAAGCUUUUAGACACAGCAGGAGAAGGGCAUCAUGAAGGCGAGGAAAUUGGCAUCAGUGGCAGUGGAACGAGAAGAUCUGAGGUCGCAUCUAGGCGGAAUAGUUUCGCCAAAAGCCUAGCAGCUGCUAGGCGUAAAAGCCGAGAGGAGGACAAAGCAAGCUAUGCUUUCGUAGACGAGACGACGGCCGCGCAAGACCCUGACUGGCGCACAACGGCGAAAACGAGGAGUAGUUCUGGUGUUGGAAAGGUGCCGUUAUUGGUAGCGCCUCCAUACGAUCAUCCAAGAAAUGCAAAUGGAACAAUAUCUUCAAUAACUUCCUCAAGAAAUAAAGUACCUCUAGAACAAGUACUUGUUCAUCAAGCUACGACUCCUUCAUCUUCAUCUUCUACGAGCAGUAAAUCCUCAACGCGUAAAAAUAAAGGGAGUUUCCUGUUCAAUCAGAAUCAGAACCAUGCACCAGGAGAAGAACAAGGCGAAUUGCCAGAGAUCGAAUUCGUCGAUGAGACGUCUUCGCGUGCAAGUUCCCGACGAACAGGAAGGACGUCAUCCAGUGUGUCAUCACAAAGGCACUCACAGCGCGUGGCUGUUGAUGACGGCAGCGACUCGCAGUCGCAGAGCAGUUAUCACACCGACCAUAUCCAGGACCUCCGAACGCGACUCGAAGCAUUAUCAUCUUCUGGUGCCCAUGGACGUGGUUCGAAAUCCCGCAGUACGAAGGUGGGAAAGAAGAAGCGCUCUGUGGAAAAACAAAGAUCAACAGAAGAUGAACUACAAGGGGAAAUGCCGGACAAAGCGACGCUGGCAGCAGAAGCUUCAAAGCAAAGUGGGUCUUCUACCAGUGGUAGUGCGAGUUCCCUUUUGAAGCAGCGGAUAGAGCUUGGAGCGGCAUUACUUCGCGCAGGUGUAGACGACGAGGACGACGUACUACACGAAACAGCAGUAGAAGCGCCUAGUGCAGUGGCUAUUUCAGGCCAAUCUUCAGCACCAAAAAAAGAUGUAGUGGAAGAACGUACUACGACCACAACUCCUUCGCCUGCUGCAGAUUUAAGGGAACAGGUGGCCACGGCACCUUCUACUUCCUCGUCAACAGCAAUCGUGCUGGCAGAUGUAGGCAGUCUAUCCCUGACCGAACGCAUCCUUCGAACGGAAGCUUUACUCAGAGAAGUACAGGCUAGUGGCUCCGAUGAGGAUGAAGACGAAGCACCACGACCGGUGCCCGCCGCAACGAGGAAGACGAAGACUAGCACAGCAAGGUCAGAGCAGGACGAAGGGCAAGGGUCGUACAAGCAUCUUCAAGCUGGCAGCAGUAAGGCUAGUUCUAGCACGACAACAGCCUCGGCAACAAAUGCUAGAAAAAGUUCUUCCUCAACUUCAUCCACGUCUUCUACAGCUGCCCUCGUACCUGCAUAUCAAGCACAACCACAAGCAGAGCAGCCUUUAACAUCCUCGUCCUCCUCGUCAAGCAGUAGUUUGGCAGAAUUUUUCCGUUCUGAAGUGACGACACUUGCUAUUUCUGGUCAAUUUUUACCAGUUGAGGACGAUGUGACACAAUUAGCCGGUGCUGGAGGAGCAGGAAAAGAUCAGCUUCUUUUAAGGGAGGUACAGGUAUAGUAUAGUUUUAUAGUUUGUUAGUUUUUUUGGUAUCAUCGAUCGUGAAUGCCGUUGUGUAAAGAUACAGAACAACCGGUUAUCAUUCAUCGAUUGUUCUAGUCUUUUUAUCGAAUAAGUACAAAUAUUGCUAAUUCUCGGUGCAGGAAACUCGGGAAGAACCACGACCGGCACGAGAGCCCCAAGUACAACUGUCGACAGAGCCCCCACUCACCCAGCUAACAGCAGUGCAACGAUGGCGAGCUCGACGGGAGAUGAAAGGCAAACCGCUGGUGGUUCCGGUACAGCAGGGGGAGCAGGAGCAACAAUAGCGUCAGUUGUAAGUCGGCCAUUCCAGCAUGGUCGAGGAGGUGAAAGAAGUACAGAAACAGGUAAAGAGCCACAAGAUGUUGACCCUAGCACAACUUCUCGUCAAAGUACACCUGCUGGGUCUCGUCCAAGUUCUAAAAAACAAAAUUUUGACGAUUCAAAACGCAAGACUGAGCCCUCAAAAGCACCGAUUUCCCUAGCUACGACAGCGGCAGCAUUCCAACACGCAGUAGAAAUUCCGAAGCUAAUGAGCACCAGUGCUGCUCGCCGUCAGCUCACCAGACCCGGAGGAGGUAAUAGCAGAAAUAACAAUGCUUCUAGGACGCAGCAGCAGCGGAUUACGGCAGGUGAGUUUGAGGAUUCGUCGACAGCCUUAGCAUUGAUACCAGAGAGGACCAUAGGCGGUGGCCACGUACUGGGCUCCGCUAGUGAAGCUCGAAGCACAACCGACCGUACUUCAUCCGCCACAACAAGCAAACCAGGCCCAGUCCGCUUUGCUCGCAACGCAGCUGCUACGUUUGAAAGCAAGCAGAAAUCGUAUCAUAAGCGGUUGAAUCUAGCGCAAAGGCUGGAGUUGGUCGAGAAACCGGCUGGGCCUCUGGCAGAUGCGGAAUGGGAUGUUUUUUGCGAACCUGCAAUCGACUCCCUAACUCGGGAUUUGGACCAGAAGUGUCCGAUAUGCAUUCAGCCACUGGGAGACCCCUUGAAGCGGGUGCAAGUGAUUCUUUUACGCGGAGGAUCAUAACUCCUUGAGCUUGGACUCACUUUUUACAAUUGCAAAUCAUUGCCUGAGCAGUGGUAAUGUCACCUACUAGGAACGUCACGAGUAGUAGCAUUUGUUUUAAUGUACUCUCUCUCUAUCCGCCUCUCCCAACCCACUUCACAUAUUGUACUGCCCUUUUCAUUUUCCCAUCCCUGCGGCCACCUGUACCACAAGCAAUGCUUAGCCAGCUACGAGCGUUACUGUGCGGCACCCCGCUGCCCGUUGUGUCGUUGCGAGUACAACGACUGUGCGCAUUUUCCUAGGGAUCGAGAGCUAGCAGUUGACGUUUCGCGGCAACAAGCAGCUUUGCGUCUUCAGAGGAUGUUGCGUGGGUAUUUGGUACGUCGCGAUUUUUGGUACUUCUGUGGUGCGAGAGUGGAUGGACAGUUGCCUCUUGAUGGUGGAGGACAGAAGAAAGAGCAUGUUGUCUUAAGGCUUGAUCAUCUAAUCCUCGGAGUCCGCAGCAGGAGCACUUUCUUUCACCCUCUCACUGGUCAUUUCGCCUUACCCAGGCUGUGGGAAAAAGGCCGCUUGCGUUUAUUGCGACGCGAGCGAGAAAAGUAUGAGAAGACCGAAGAUUUGGACACAUUUUUUGCUGAGAUAGAUUCCAGUGUCAGUGCUGCUCGAAAGAUCAUGCGCGAGUGUGGUUUUGGCUUGCCUGUUGGUGAGGCAGGAGCAAACGUCGGGAAGAUUGGUGCCCGUUCCGAUACUGACAUCAAAGACACCGAAGAAGAGAAAUGGUUAUGGGCAAAAAAACAGUGCUUGAAUAGGGGCUUUCCGGAUGAGGAAUGUACUUUAGCCUGUUUUUUAUUAUGGAUGCCAUUGUCCUGUUAAGAUUGAACUUCUAUUUCAUCGAAUGUCUCUACUUAUACAAAAACAAAUACCACCAGACUACAGUUCAUAGAUAAACAAGGUAUAGUCCUCUGCACAUAUAACUCCUCAUUUUCAUGCUGAAACAAAGACAUCCCCACUUUCCAGGUCCGAUCUGCUACGUGGAGUGUCGACAACAGGGUGUUGGGAUAUCGCUUCUCGAUUGUGGCCAUUGCUUUCAUCAUAUGUGUCUAGAAUCCUUCGAGUCUUUUCAGACCUCGAAAGCCGAUUUUAGAUGUCCCGUGUGUCGACAGGGGCCUUAUCAACGCAGGCUCUGGCGCUUUGGCAAGAAAAAGAAGGGUUUAUUGGGCGAUGGUGGUGUUGGCGGAGGCAGCUUGAUCUGUGGGAGGUGUGAUUGAGGGGAAAUGACUCUGCUAGCAUCAAGCUCAUUCUGGCGGAUCGAACUGUUCUGUCGGAGGUUGGGAGAUUCCUUCAAAGGCGAUGUGAACAAUAAGUAGACUCUUGAUGGCCAUAUCCCAAAUGAUAAUUAGCAG